UUGUCGUUGGUGCUUUCAGCGAAAUGGAGAAGAAUGCAAACCCUCAUCGAGACGCUGGAGGAAGUGUCCUGUGCACCGCUAUCCGCGCAGAACCCGCAGAUAUCAAAACAGUCGGCGGAAUGAAAGAUGUCUGCGAGAAGAGAGAGACUUUGAGUACUUGUGCAAGUGCUAGCGGUGCUAAUGCUACACCCUGCACACAGACAUCAGAUGCUGCUGAGACACUAAGCAAGAGCGCACAACCGUGCGUUUUACCAGAGAAACUGUCGCCCGAUGCAGCGGAUCAGCUGAGCAACGGAAUGGGAUGCGAACCGUUGAUGGCCGUUCCUGGGAAUAAAGAGGGUGGCACCUCAAAGUUAGUAAACAACCUCACGGGAGAGCAAUCUGACAUCAAUAACGUGCAGCAGGCGGGCGGUUUGGAUGGAGGGACACAAGAAACGACGAAGCUGGCCAAACCUACUUAUUUGUGUCCAGACAAAGCAAAACCUGCAAACUCGAAUUCAAACGAUCACACAGUUUCUGAGGGUCCUCCGAGUGGGAAUGAGCCCAGCAUCGCAGGAGAGUCCCGCAGCUUUGAUUCACUAGAGUCCUUCUCCAAUCUGAACUCCUGCCCGAGUUCAGACCUCAACAGUGAAGGACUGGAGGACAAGGGACUAGCUUUGGCUAUUCAAAGUGAAUACGGGGCCGAGGGAACGAAAAUCCCCUGUCUUAAAGACAGGGUGACCGGUCAGUCGUUGUACCACAUCAAGUGGAUAAAGUGGAAUGAGGAGAACACGCCUAUCAUCACACAGAAUGAGAACGGGCCGUGCCCGCUGCUGGCUAUUAUGAAUGUCCUGCUAUUGUCAUGGAAGGUCAAGCUGCCACCAAUGAUGGAGAUAAUAACGGCAGAGCAGCUGAUGGAAUAUCUGGGAGACUAUAUCCUUGAAGCCAAGCCAAAAGAGAUCUCCGAGGCUCAGCGGUUGAACUACGAACAGAAUAUGAGUGAUGCUAUGGCGGUGCUGCAUAAACUGCAGACAGGUCUGGAUGUAAACGUUAAGUUCACAGAUGUGCGGGUAUUCGAGUACACACCCGAGUGCAUCGUCUUCGACCUGCUGGAUAUCCCACUCUACCACGGAUGGCUGGUCGACCCACAGAUGGCUGAUAUAGUAAAGGCAGUGGGGAACUGUAGUUAUAACCAGUUGGUGGAGAAGAUAAUCAGCUGUAAGCAGUCAGACAGCAGCGAGCUGGCCGGGGAAGGAUUUGUGGCAGAGCAGUUUCUGAACAGCACAGCGACUCAGCUAACAUACCAUGGCCUGUGCGAACUCACCUCUACCGUACAGGAGGGAGAACUGUGUGUCUUCUUCAGGAACAAUCACUUCAGCACUAUGACCAAAUUUAAGGCCCAGCUGUACUUGCUGGUGACAGAUCAGGGGUUUCUCACUGAGGAGAAGGUGGUUUGGGAAAGUCUGCAUAAUGUUGACGGAGAUGGGAACUUCUGCGACUCAGAGUUUCAUCUGAGGCCGCCCUCUGACCCGGAAACGGUGUACCGUGGUCAGCAGGACCAGAUCGAUCAGGACUACCUGAUGGCGCUGUCUCUGCAGCAGGAGCAGCAGGCCUCGGACCUGGGUUGGGAACAGAUCCCAGAAGGCAUCAGUGAUCUAGAGCUGGCCAAGAAGCUGCAAGAGGAGGAGGACCGCAGAGCGUCACAGUACUAUCAGGAGCAGGAACAGGCGCAGGCUGAAGCGGCAGCAGCUGCACAGGCACAGGGACAACAGCCAGCAGCAGGUGCUGACCAAGUGGAUCGAGCGGCAGCUGCUGGAGCCUCAGCAGGGGGAGCCACGGCUUCUCCAAGCCCAGGAAAACAGCCCUCGACGGGGGAACGCAAACCCAAGAAGGAAGCCAAGGACAAAGACAAAUGCAUCUUGUUGUAACAGCAGUGGACUACGUGGAGUGCGAACGGGCAGCAGUUUAAUUCCAGUGGCUGUGCAACACAUCUCCCAGUGUGAGGUGGAGAGAGAACGAGCAACGGAGAUGAAGCGUGACGGACUUGCCAUUCUCAAGCCACUUGUGCCUGACUUUAACCCUCUGUGUUCUGAACAUUUAGAAAAGCAGAGGGGUGUCACUACAAGGACUAUCACUACAUCUUUCAUAGAGCUGGCCAAAUGUUCUCAGCAGGAAAACCGCUGUAGUGCACUAUAUUUGUGUGAGGUCACCACCAGGGAGGGUGGAUUGUUUUUGUUUUUUUAAGUUAAACAAGGUAAUGUACACAGCAGUAGGCACCCACCCCAAAAAUAAGAAAAAAAAAACAUGGCAUCACUUUUUUCAUAAUACAUAAGCAUUUUUUUGGGGGGGGGUUCUGUUAUAGCAGUUGUUUAUAAGCUAUUUUAUACUGAU